AUUUAAUUAGAUCGAUAUCAGAUCCAGAACAUCCGUUAACUCUUGAACAAUUGAAUGUGACACAACUUGAGCAUGUCAGUAUAGAUGACCAGAAUAAUCAUAUUGUGAUCGAGUUCACACCAACCAUACCUCAUUGUUCCAUGGCUACAUUGAUUGGAUUGUGCAUACGUGUUAGGUUGUUAAGAAGUUUACCAGAAAGAUUUAAAGUUGAUAUAAAUGUUAGGAAAGGGUCUCAUCAGUCAGAACAAGCUGUUGCUGCAGCUUUGGAAAAUACGCAUUUAUUAGAAGUUGUAAAUCAAUGUCUUUCAACAGCAAACUUACAAAGCAAUACUUUACAACAAUAA